AUGAUGUCUGUAAGAACUACUCCUGUCGUAUACAUAACAGCAAAUGUCGGGUCCAUUUUUGAGGAACCUACAACAAUGCUAAAGAUUUGGACAGAAGAGUUUUUGUCGACAGUUGCACGUCUAGAUCCAAAAUUUGUUGCUUUGCAUUGUCAGGAGGUCGGCGGUAAAAAUUAUGAAAAAUCUAUGCAAUAUGUAGAGAAUUUUGUUAAACUAUUGAUUAAUUCAGAGGAACUACGAUUGUUUGACAAAGCUAGAAUUUACUUAGAUGAAGAUUAUUCUUCGGCUGAAAACUUUACGGCUUUAGGAAAUUUUUAUUUCAUUCACGAGUCCAUAACGGAUGUUCUUAUAUUUGAUUUCGAAGAGCGUCGUUUUAAAGAUGUUAACGGUAUUUCAAUAUUUUCAAAAAAUAUUGAACAUGAAGGAACCAAAGAGAAAAGCAAAUUUCCAUUGGAAUAUUUUCCAGAAUGCAAAUGGUCUCGUAAAGGAUUUCUUAGAACCAGGUGGUGUCUAAAUGGAACAGUAUUCGAUUUGGUCAAUAUACAUUUGUUUCAUGAUGUAUCUAAUUUUGUUGCCAUUAAAUCGUUCCCGUCUGUUUACAGUGAUACCAGACGACGUGCACUUGCAUAUACAUUAGAGAGGUUUCAGACUGAUGAAUAUGGUCCUGUUCCUUUGUUUGUUUUUGGAGAUUUUAAUUUUAGAGCUGACACUCAAGGCGUUGUUAAGCAUUUGUCUGAAGGUUUAAAAAGUUCUUGCCUUGAUGAGGAUGUAAAUACGAUUGAAUUUAAACAAGAAGAUAAAGUUAUUUUUUCACUUGGUAAAAAAGAAUUCAAUCAUUCCGAUCACCAGUCAUUAUUUACAGUAAAAGAUGGAGAUUGGUUGAGAGAGUAUGAUAAGGAACUCAAUGCAUUUUCCGAUCAUUUGUUUGAAUUUAAAAUUUCUUUUCCUCCGAGUUAUCCAUUUGAAGAAAAUUCAUCUGGUGAUCGGUGUUACAUGAAAACUCGGUGUCCAGCAUGGUGUGAUCGUGUUGUCAUGUCACACUCAGCUAUACCUCUAGUCAAAGAUUCAAACGAUUCCAGUAAUGUCAUUUAUAGCAUUAUGGGAAGGAAUACUUGUAUGGGAGAUCACAAGGUGAGUUUUUUAAAUUAA